UCACAUGCACAAACAAAUUUCAGUGCUUACGCGCGCAAAGUAAUACGAUUUAGUUUGAGUCCAAGUUUACGGUCAUGUGUACAUCAGGCAAUAUUCUACGUGUUAUGGCCCAUAUUUAAGUAAAUUCUUAUUACUAUGGAUCCGUCUGAGGUGGAAUUUUUAGCCGAAAAACAGAUAGUAACUAUUGUUCCGAAUUUCUCCCAUGACGAAGUGUUCUUGAUCGGGGGCAAUAUCGGACCGUUCAACGCUGGACUGCCAGUGCAGGUUCCAAUGUGGAUGGCAAUCAACUUGAAGCAGAGGCAGAAAUGUAGAAUACAACCGCCCGACUGGAUGGAUGUUGACAAACUCCAGGCCAAAAAGCAAGAGGAAAAAGAUUCACCUAUCUUCCAGCCAAUGCUGAAUGAAAACUACAUGGAGGUUACUAAAUUGUUAUUAAGCCAUGCAACUGAUGACAUACCCCAUGCUGAUGAGGUUCACACGCUGAUUAAGGACAUCUGGGAUUUGAGAAUGUCCAAAUUGAGACAGAGCAUAGACAAGUUUGUCAAAGAUCAGGAGACCUACGCCAGGCUUGACAACCUGUCUCUGAUGGAGAUAAACACUGUCCGUCCAUUCCUUACUCAGGCCUUGGAUCACAUGCACACACUAAGGAUGAACAUGUUGACUGGUGGACCGCCGAAUACACAGGAAUGACCCAUCCAAAAAGAGCUUGUCAACUUAAAGUGCCUGCUUUCUGCCUUGUUUGUUGUGUCAGUCUGGGUAGCAGCACUUCUUGAACUCUCUUGACCUGGUUGUGAAAGGGGUUUAUGUAUUUUGGUCUGUCAUGUAAGUCAGUAAGAUUAAGCUGGACAACUUGUAAAACUAGUCCAUGUGCAUGCGGUAUAGGUGAUUAGCAGAAGUACUUGUAAAAUGGGUAUCUGUUUAGGCAUCCAGAACUUUGCUUCUUCAAAUGGUGUCUGGAUAUUGCAAAUUCACUGUGUAAAUGGAAGUGUGAUUGCAUGUGUACACUGCCACUGCAUUAUAAAUUGACCAAGAAGACUAAAAAUUUCAUUUAAUGGAAUCCCCCUUUUGUAUUUUAUACAUCCCUUGUUUUUUUUUUUGGGGGGGGAUGUCCCCCUGCAAAAUUUACGAAUACAUAACCCCCACCUCAGGGGUAUGCUUAGCUAAGGAAUUGCUUGAAUCCUCCAAAAUUACACACUGCUGCAUUUAGAAUCAGUGACACUUUCUGGACGGAGUGUGUUGUCAUAUCUUUCCUUUCAUGUCAAGCGAAAGUCAUCCAAGGUCACACGAAACAAAUGACCAAUGACAAACCAAAAGGAACUCCCGUCAUAAUUCAUCACCUGACCUGUCUAUAAUUUGGAGUGUAAGCCAAAUUUGAGUCUUUUGAGUUCUAGGCAAGAUAACAAUG